ACGCAUGAUGACGACACUGGACAAGAAGGUAAAAGUCCAAGUGGCCUUGAUUCAAGCAGGCCUCAUACUCUUUUCUCCGGGGAUUAUUGUCCUCCUCCUGCUUGGGUGGGUUUGGAGGUGGUUCGUGCUCAAAUGGGGGGCAUGGAGGGGGGAAUUUCUCCACCCCGUGUCCGGCCUAGACCUCAUGUUCAUCACGGACACGCCACACCAACCUCACUCUGUCAUUCUGAUGAUCCAAGUGUUAUCCGGCACUCCUACGAAGGACAGAGUCGUGGCUGACCUCAGACGAGUUUACGACACUCGGGACAAGGAUGGAAAAAGAUGCUUCUGGAAACUGGGGACUUAUCCGAAGGAAUGGAUGGGGUACUGGGUGAACAAGGAGGUCGACAAUUUUGACAUAGAAAAUCAGGUAAUCUACUUACGUACUUAUCAAGAUUUAUUGCUUAGUUUGGCUAUACACAAGACAAUAUUUAUUCGUUAG